GCAUACACAUCCAUACAGUAUGAAGCCCUAUGGGCCACAGAGGCGCUAGGAAAAUCACGGAGCUGGGACCUUACCACCUCUCUUUCUCUCUCUCUCUCUCGCUGGCCGUCAGCGGACUCCUUUCUUUUGCACACGUCUUUCCCUGAAAUGUGUGUGUGCGUGAAAGGGAGAGGAGGAAUAAAGUGUGUGCGCGCGUGUGAGGGUACAUGUCCGGAGCGAGUAAAGGCAGGGGGAUUAUUCGGCGCUAUCGAAAUAUUUCAACACGUCGCUUUCGCUGCAGGACUGAAGCCAAUAAGAGGGAACCCAUUUUAACAGGAAUGCCGAUAUUGUAAACAGCAGCAGAAGAGAAGGAAUGCACCGCAGUCAAUUAAGUGACUCACCUCACUCGGUUUAAUUCGACUAAUGUCCGAAAGACGCAGAAAGUUGUCCAAUGCGCGUUAACCUCCGAAGAAAAUCGGCCUGGCAGCACUCUUGAAGAUUAAUGGAGAGCACUUGUACAUUUCACUUUGCAGACUUUUGACCAACGAUUCGGCAAAUGACUGCAGAGAUUUCCCGGCAACUUGGGAAAAAAUAGUGGAUGCUUGUUCUCGUCGAGUUCAAGGAGGAAUUUCCAAAAAGCUUUCCAACUCCAGAUUUGUUUUGAUUUUUGCUUCUUAUUUUGCCAUCAUUUGGCUCUGUCAUACGCGAGCCUUAGUGUUCUAAGAAGUAUUGCUUUCAAUCCAGCCAGUCGUCUACGUUUGUUGCCUGCUCUUGGAUGAACUUCCUGAUGAGAGAUCCAGUCAUACAAGGAUCAAGUAUGGCAUAUCAUCCGUUUAUACCUCACCGGGGUCCGGAAUUUGCCAUGAGUGCGAUGCUGGGUCACCAGCCUCCCUUCUUCCCGGCCCUGGCUCUCCCUCCCAGCGGCUCCCUCUCUUUGCCGGGCGCCCUUGGAAAGCCGAUCAUGGACCAGCUGAUGGGAGCCGCGGAGACCGGCCUCCACUUCUCCUCGCUGGGACAUCAGGCUGCUGCCGCACACCUCAGGCCUCUGAAGACUUUAGAGCCUGAGGAAGAGGUGGAGGACGACCCAAAAGUUCACUUGGAAGCCAAGGAGCUUUGGGAACUCUUCCACAAGAAGGGCACUGAGAUGGUGAUCACAAAAUCCGGAAGGCGGAUGUUCCCUCCGUUCAAAGUGAGGUGCACUGGUCUGGACAAGAAGGCAAAGUACAUACUCUUGAUGGAUAUAGUUGCAGCCGACGACUGCAGGUACAAAUUUCAUAACUCCCGCUGGAUGGUGGCAGGAAAGGCCGACCCCGAAAUGCCAAAGAGGAUGUACAUUCACCCGGACAGUCCGGCUACUGGUGAACAGUGGAUGUCAAAAGUCGUCAAUUUUCACAAGCUCAAGCUGACAAAUAACAUCUCUGACAAGCAUGGAUUUGUAAGUUCAACUAAUACCAUUCUUAACUCGAUGCACAAAUAUCAGCCCCGGUUUCACAUUGUGAGGGCCAACGAUAUUCUCAAACUCCCGUACAGUACCUUCAGGACUUAUGUUUUUCCUGAAACGGAUUUCAUUGCUGUGACCGCUUAUCAAAAUGACAAGAUAACGCAGCUGAAAAUCGACCAUAAUCCAUUUGCUAAAGGAUUCCGUGACACGGGCAAUGGGAGAAGGGAAAAGAGGAAACAGCUGGCCCUGCAAUCCAUGCGUUCCUACGAGGAGCAUCAGAAAAAGGAAAACGGGGCUUCAGACGACUCCUCUGGAGAGCAGCCUUCUUUUAAGUGUUUCGGCCAGGCCUCGUCCCCUGCCGUGUCUACAGUGGGCCCCCCACACCUGAAAGACUUCUGCGACAGCGAUGAGGAUAGCGACGACGAGAGCAAAGAUGGACACAAUAAAGAUGGUCCGGACUCCAGCAAGAUUUCCACCACCACAGAGGACGGGAAGGAUCACGAAGCGAGUCCAGCUAAAGGGCAUCCGUUCAGUAACAGUGACUCUACUAGUAGGACCCGCGAAAGCGGUCCUAGGACUGAGAAAAGCCAGGCAGACUCACGGCAGAGCCCCAUCACUGUUAUCUCCAGUACCACCCGCUCUGGAGAAGAACUCAAGAGCCCGAACCAGGACCAUCCCAAAACGGACGAAUGUAGGUCAAUAAGCAAGGACAGUUUCAUGCCUUUGACCGUUCAGACUGACAGCGCACACAUAGGUCACAGCCACCUGCAUAAUUUUGGAUUUCCUACAGGCCUAACAGGACAACAGUUUUUUAAUCACCUAGGGAGCGCGCAUCCGUUUCUCUUGCACCCCAGUCAGUUCAACAUGGGGGGCGCAUUCUCAAACAUGGCCGCAGGCAUGGGACCACUAUUGACAGCCGUGUCCACGGGAGGGGUGAGCACCAUGGACACAGCUAGUAUGGCAUCACCUCCGCAAAGCUUGACGGGGGCGCCAGGUCUGCCCUUUCAUCUGCAGCAACACGUCUUGGCAUCACAGGGCAUUGCCAUGUCUCCCUUUGGCAAUUUAUUCCCUUAUCCGUACACGUACAUGGCAGCAGCCGCGGCAGCCUCGUCUGCUGCCUCCUCCACGGUGCACCGACACCCUUUCCUGAACGCAGUCCGUCCCCGACUCAGGUACAGCCCCUACUCUCUCCCGAUGACGGUACCGGACAGCACGCUGCUCACCACUGCCAUGCCCUCCAUGGCCAGCGGCGGGGCCGAGCUGAAAGGGGAAGGCAUCGUACCAGCGAGCCCAGUGUCCGCUGUCACCCUGGAUUCCACGUCGGAAGUUACCAGUCAUUCGUCCACAAUAUCCUCCGGAUCGGUCUCCAUGUCCCCAAAGACUUGCACGGAGAAAGACGCGGCCAACGAGCUUCAGAGCAUUCAGCGCCUGGUCAGUGGACUCGACUCAAACCAAGACAGGCCACGGAGCGGGUCCCCCUAGGAUUUUUUUUUGUUUGUUUUCAAAUCUGCUUCUUAUGGGGUGUUUUGUUGUCUUGAAAAGAGAAACACAUAGACACGUUGAAGGUGAUGACAUCACUGACCCUCGUAGACUAAUGCAGGGUUGUUGUUUUUUUUAAAGAAAAGCUCAAACCGUGAACUGUUGGACCUUUUUCGUUUCUGAAAUGCACUUUGUUUAAUAAUCAUCUGAUCUGUAUAUUUCUUUCUCUUGCUCUUCUUUUUUUUUUUUUUUGUUAAAUUAAACAUCACUCGUAUCCUGUCAUAUGAAUACCGUACAAGUAUUGAAACUGAAUCGCUGGCAUGGGUGUGACUUACAGAUUUAGGAGAAGUUGCUGCUGUGUCCUGUCUCCUAACGUUAUUGUACACACAUGGGGGGUGAAGUGUUGUUUUUUUUUCAAUAUGCACUCUGAUUUGAUUUGACUUAUCUGCAUUCACUACCGUUUGACCUACCUUUGAAAGACUGCUGUAUUUUGUUGUACGCUCUUAAUUCAUUGAAAACGUUGCAUGCCCUCUAAAAGAAACCGAAUGUCAUUUCAACACUAAAAAAAAGUUAAACGAAAAAUUGUGGGAAGAUAUUCCAUUGAAUAUAAUUAUCAGGUAUUCAUUUAAUUUUCUUUUCAAUUAGGUUAUGAACUGUAAAAAAAAAAAAAAGAAAGAAAGAAAAGAAAAAAAUAGUUUUUCUUCAUGCGUUUUUUUUAAUGAGAUUAGGCCAAUUCUAAAAUGACUGGUGCUCCGAGACAAGUGUGUGACCCAGGCAUGCAGGCAAAGGGAAGCAAGAAUUUAAAGUAAAUAUAAAAGAAAAAAGAAAUGAAAAUGAAAGGUGGUAUUGAUCAUCGCUGUAAAUAGGAAUAUAUAAAAUAUUUAUGUAAUUAUUUCAUAUUGUUAUUGCUUGUAAAUACAACUGAGUAGUUUGUUUUUAGGGAUCUGUUCUUAAUUUAUUGUCGAUAUACCUGUGUAAAGAUAGUUUGUGGACUAUUAUCCUUUUUUGUUGCCAUCUGCAUUUAUACCCCAUUUAAAAUAUGGAAUUUACCCCCUUCCCAAAUAUCCACUGAGCUAGUUAUUCACACUCAUGUGCCAUUGUAUUUUCACCUGUCCUCGUGUGUGAAGUCCUACUGUUUAAGACGAAUGAAAAAACGACAACGCACUGCACCAAUGGCUUGAAAAAACGUAUAUAUUAUUUUUGGAGAAGGGUUUUUAAAAGAAAAAAAGUGCUGUUGAAGUGUGAAAAAAAGUGGACAAUCUUUCUGUUAUUAACAUACUUUGCGAGUCUGAUCUUAAAAGUGCCGCAUACUCGAAAAAAUGAAGGUUUCUUUUUGUGUUUCUUAAGUUGUCAGUGGGUUAUGUUGUAUUGGAGUUAUGUCUAGUUUACAACAUCGACAUCGUGUUCUUGAAAGUUUCAAUAAAAUGUCGAAAUGCCU